GAACGUGAGUAUAAGAAGUACUCAUCUCCACCAGCCCCAAUUGGGAAGAAGAAAAGAAGAAAGAACCGAAGUGAAUUGGUCCUGGCUGGAGCGGCGGCCUCUACUUGAUCCGGAAUCCAUUGAUUUUUUGUAAGUUUCCGCUUUCUUCGUGAUCCGUACGGGAGUUCGCUUCGUGAUUUUUCGUUGUUGACGAAGCUAUGAUCUGCGAUUUUUAGAUUGAAAAGGAAAGAAUUCAAAGGAAGUAAAGGAAUCAUUUCAGAAAAAUUUAGACAUGUCUGCUCUGUUCAAUUUCCAUUCAUUUUUAACGGUCGUGCUGCUGGGAAUUUGUACUUGCACUUACCUAAAGAUGCAUUUUCCAGCAAUCCUUGAGCAGAGAACAGGGUUUCGUGGUUUCUUUUGGAAGGCAGCAAGAAUAGGUGAGCGGUUGAGCCCCUGGAUGGCUGUAGGAUGCUUUACGAUGGGCGUGUCAAUAAUCUUUUUUUGAGUUCAAACAUCCUGUGACUCUUGUCCACAUAUUCAGAAGUUGAAAGCAUGAAUCGAAGAGAAGUGCUAUGAGGUGUGAACUUUUAUAUUAAAGUUGGUUUACCUGCGUAAGAUAAAGAAAUUACCAAAAAGAAGAAGAAAAUUUAUUGUACCAAUUUUCCAAUUUUCACUCUACUAGUAAUAUGUUUGAAUGUGUAAUCUUAAGCUGUGCAGUUUGCUUGUGUUUCUUGCUGUAGCUGUUGUAUUUGUCUGGCUGCCUGCAACUGAGUUUCAAUUUCAUCCUCUUAAUAAAUUUUUAUUAAUUCAAA